AUGGAUGAUUUUGAAAACGAACAAAUACUUACUAAGAAAAGUGUACAACUUCAUAAUGAUAUUGAUUCUUUGAUUUCAAAGUUAGAAAGUUUAGUUGAAGCAGUUGAUAUUGCUAGCCAAGACAAACAAAGACUUAUUCAAAUUACCACCACGAAAAUCAAUUUGAUUAUAAAUGAAUUUGAAACCAAUCCAAAACUAUUAGAUUCUCAUUUGCAAAAUUAUAUUACUCGAUUAUGUGAUUUAUAUUUGAAUCAAUUAUCAGUUCGAUCACAUUGUGGUGAAAUUGUUUAUAAUUUGGCCAAAAUUCGACAAAUGAAAAAUAUAAUUUUAUAUUUCCCUAGUGAUUUAUAUUUAAUCAAUAAAAUACUAUCAAUUGUAACAACAACCACAAAAGCCAAUGAGUUUAUAACAUUUUUUGCUUUAUUAUGGAUUUGUAAUUUGAGUUUGUUACCAUUCCCAUUGAAUUCUAUUGAUAAAAAUUUAUCAAUAACAAUCUAUAAAUUAGGUAUUGAAAAUUUACAUAAAUAUCAUAAUGGGAGUAAAAAUCAAAUUGCUUCACUGAUUUUAUUAUCAAAAUUAUUAACUAGAAAUGAUUGUUCUCAUUUACUUCAACAAUUUUUCCAAAAUAUAGAUAUCAAUAAUUGGGUUAUUCUAGAUGCAAAUUCUAAAUUAAGUUAUUAUUUAACGGUGAAUAAAUUAUUGAAAAGUCAAAAUAUUGUUGGUGAAGAUGAACUAUUGAAAAUAAAUCAAUGUAUAAAUAAUGAUUUAUUGCAACUGAAGAGUUUAAACCCUUCAAAUUUGAAUGUAUUGUAUCUGGUUAAAAUAUUUAGUAAAUUGGCCUUAAAUUAUAUUUCACGAGGGGAUUUUUCCCAAGUCCAAUCAAUUAUUAAUAAUUUAAUAAAUGAUAUAUUGUUAGAGGCAGGAAAUUUGGAUUAUAAUUUACGUUAUUGUAUCGCAAAGGCAUUGAGUAAUAUUGUUGACAAAUUAUCCAAUUAUGCAAUCAAUUAUCAACAACAAUUGAUAGAAUUUAUACUUUCAAAUUUAGAUAUUACUGAUGAUGUCAGUAUUUCGAAAAAUCAUACUAUUUUAUUGACAUUGGGGUAUUUAUGUUUGAAUAAAACAAUGUCGAAACAGUACAUUGGCAAGUUAUUAAAUAUUGUCCAUGCGACAAUGUUUAUAAAAAUAAGAACUCAUAGUCAAAAGGCAGAUUUAGGAAAUUGUAUUCGUGAUUCUUCAUGUUUUAUAACUUGGGCUAUAAUCAAAAAUCAAAAAUAUCAAAAUGAAUUGUUAGAAACCACCGAUCAACUAACAACGAUUUUCACUGAUUUAAUUAAAUUACUUAUAUUUGAUCAAGAAUUACUUUUGAAGAAAUGCAGUAUUGCCGUAUUACAAGAAUUGAUUGGUCGAUAUGGACAACAAAUAUUUCAAAAUUAUUAUGUGGACAAAGAAUUAUUAGGUGCAUUCAUAAUCAAUUUUAUGGAAAGUUUCAGUGAUCUUAGACUUAAACAAAAAUGUAUAACUUUUGAAAUGAUUGAUUUGAUGUAUGAUAAAAUUGAUUUGAAAUUUUUAUUACCAAAUUUAUUAGAUGAAAUAUAUGAUAAUGAGGAUUCUAAUGAUGAACUUGGUUUAUAUUUACAUAAAUUGUUAACUCAACAGGAUAAUUUAUUAUCUGUUGUUCAAUAUAAUUACAAUCUAGAUGAAAUAAAAUUGACUUUGAUUGAUAAGAAUCGUUUGAAAUAUUUAUAUGAUCUACCUAAGGUUCCAUAUCAAGAAUUAUCAGAGAAAUUUUCAAACUUUAAUUAUCAUGACAAUUCACAAUUAUUGAGUGGAUAUUUAACAUUUCUUUUAAACAAAAUUGAAUUGACUGAUUUAGAUUGGGAGAAUUUAUUUCAGAUUAUAAAAUUAAAUGAUGGGAAGUUUGACAGUUAUAUUGGGAAAAUUAUACGAUCACAAAAUACCAUCCCCAAAAAUUCAAUUUUGCACUUGUUAAUGAAAAAUAAUGUAACUUUAUCCACUACUAUCUUUAAUUUCCAAAACUGGUCAACUCAAGAUGUUGAAUUUAUUGUUAAUAUUAUAAAGAACCCAAAUAUUGAUAUUGAAAUCAGACGAAAUUUGAUAUAUAACAUUAAUGAUAAUUAUACUACUUAUCCAAUAAUUGAACAAAUGUAUCUGUUAUUUGAUGAUUAUACAUUAACAGUGCAAGGUGACAUAGGAAGCAAACUACGAUUAGCAAUGGUUGAAUUGGUACAACAGCACAAUUUACUGAAUGACACAAUAAAAUCAAAAUUGAUUCGAUUAUCAGGUGAAAUAAUUGAUAAGAUUAGAUUAUCUGCAUUUCAAUUAUUGGUUGAUGCCACCGUUGAUGGAAAUAAAUAUUGGCAAGAUUGGUUUGAAUAUUAUAAUUCAUUAAAUAAUGAUUAUGAAAAAAUUGAAUUUUGGAAAGGUAGUCUUCAUACUAUUGGAAGUUUUAAAGGUGAUCCUAAAAUUAUAAAUGAUUCGUUUACCCAAUUAUUAAAUCAUGGACCCAAAACCAAUGAUUUCAAUAUAUGGUUGAAAUUAUUAGAUAAACCCAAACUGGGAAACAAAGAAUCAUCAAGAGAUUUGAAAUUGAAAUUAAUGAUUUUACAAACCUUUUUAAAAUUAUUCCAAGCCAAUUAUAAUUUCAAUAAUUAUAUUGAUUAUAAUGAAUUCUAUGAAAAAUGUUAUCAAUUAUAUCUGAAUGGUGGUAAUAUUAAUCAAAUUAGUAUAAUUCUUCAAAUUUUUUAUUAUAUUGCCAAGAAAUCAAAAUCAGCAUCACCAACAAGUUUAACAACGAAAAUCAAUCAACAAUUUACGAGAUUUUUAAAAGCCAAAUAUUUAUGUAAAUUAAGAUUAGAUGAAAUUUUUUUACAAAUUAUAUUAGAUAAAAAUGGAGAUUUACAAAGAUAUGAACAAAUAGAAUGGAAUAAUUUGAAUGCUAGUGAUAUAACAUUUAUCCGAGAAUCCCUAUAA